AUGAUGGCCUCCGGGGACACGCUGUACAUAGAGACGGACGGGUCGGAAAUGCCCGCGGAGAUAGUGGAGCUCCAUGAGAUCGAAGUGGAGACCAUAGACACGGACGAGCACCAGCCCAUGAUUGCGUUACAGCCCCUGGACGACCCGCACUCCAUGCACCAGCACCAAGAAGUGAUUUUAGUGCAAACCAGGGAAGAAGUCGUGGGAGAAGACGACUCAGAGCUGCACACGGACGAUGGCUAUGAAGAGCAAAUCCUCAUCCCGGUGCCUGCAGACGAAGACUAUAUCGAACACACACUGGUCACUAUUCCCGGAAAAAGCUCCUCGUCUGGCCGUAGCAAAAGGGCAGGAGGGGGCAAGAAGUCGGGCAAAAAGAGCUACUUCAGUUCUGGAGAUAUGGGAAGGAAAUGGGAGCAAAAACAAGUCCAAAUCAAGACUUUGGAAGGGGAGUUCUCCGUAACUAUGUGGGCAUCUGACAAAAAAGACAUCGACCAUGAGGAGCAGAUCUCAGGUGAAAACUCUCCUCCGGAUUAUUCUGAAUACAUGACAGGGAAGAAGCUGCCCCCUGGAGGCAUACCAGGCAUCGACCUGUCCGACCCCAAACAGCUCGCUGAGUUUGCACGAAUGAAGCCCAGAAAAGUAAAAGAAGACGACUCUCCCCGGACAAUAGCGUGUCCACACAAAGGAUGUUCUAAAAUGUUCAGGGACAACUCUGCCAUGAGGAAGCACUUGCACACCCACGGGCCCCGAGUGCAUGUGUGUGCAGAGUGUGGAAAAGCCUUUGUGGAGAGCUCCAAGCUGAAGAGGCACCAGCUGGUACAUACAGGAGAGAAACCUUUCCAGUGCACGUUCGAAGGCUGUGGCAAGAGAUUCUCGCUGGACUUUAAUUUGCGCACUCACGUCCGCAUUCACACUGGAGACCGGCCGUACGUGUGCCCCUUUGACGGCUGCAACAAGAAGUUUGCACAGUCGACGAAUCUGAAGUCUCACAUCCUGACACACGCCAAAGCCAAGAACAACCAGUGA